GGGAUCAAGAAGUGGCAUCCUGCAGCAGGCUGCCUCGCAUCGGCGGCCCAGCGCAUCGGUUCGGCCCCGGCCCCGGGGCUGAGACGGAGGCGGGAUCGCUCGCGGUGCGGGCGCGGCGGGGCCGAUGUCGCUGCCGGCCGGAGCUCUGCCUCGGGUGGUGGUCGUGCUCUCGUUCUCCGUCCUGGUGAGGGCCCGGAACGCUUCCCAGCGCCGCCCCGCCCACAGCUGUUGGUCCCGUCUUCAUCCUGUAAACAUGUUCAACAGUUAUAACGUGAAGUUCCACCACAGAAAAGCUCUCACCUCCCCAUAUCCAGGAUCACACAUUGAGCGUAGCCAAGUUCCUGAAGAUAAAGUGGGCUGGCUGACUGAGUGGGAAGAUUAUAAUCCUGUGGAGUACACUGCAAAGUCUGUUUUGGCCAGACCCAGUUGGGCAGAUCCCCAAAUCAACAAUGAAGGUUUUUCUCCCAAAUUCAAUGAGAGAGAUGGAGAAGUGGAGAGGAAGAGUCUGAAUGGCUUGUAUGUGGUUGAAAAUGGGAGACCCCGCAAUCCAGUGGGAAGGACUGGCCUCACCGGCCGAGGAUUGUUAGGGCGCUGGGGACCAAACCAUGCUGCUGAUCCUGUUGUAACCAGGUGGAAAAGGGAUGGAAGUGGCAAUAAAGUUGCUCAUCCAGUUUCUGGCAAGAACAUCUUGCAGUUUGUAGCCAUCAAGAGGAGAGACUGUGGGGAGUGGGCCAUUCCAGGGGGGAUGGUGGACCCAGGGGAAAAGAUCACUGCUACUCUGAAGAGAGAAUUUGAGGAGGAGGCCUUGAACUCUCUGCAGAAAUCCCCUGAGGAGAAAGCAAAAUUGGAGAAGCAGCUCCAGAAGCUGUUCAGCCAGGAACACUUUGUGGUGUACAGAGGAUAUGUGGAUGACCCUCGUAACACUGAUAAUGCCUGGAUGGAGACGGAGGCUGUGAACUAUCAUGAUGAAACAGGUGAGACAAUGGAUAAUUUGCCUCUGGAAGCAGGUGAUGAUGCUGGAGUGGUGAAGUGGGUUGACAUUAGUGAGAAGCUUGAGCUGUAUGCGAGUCACAGCUACUUCAUCAAGCUGGUGACUGAGAAACAGGGAGCCCACUGGAGUGAGGAUCCUGGCUCUGAAUGCCACAAGUGAUGGAAACUGGGAACUGACAGACUCUGAGAGGAGAAUAUGUUUUCCAGCUGUGAAACAGAUAUCCUUGUGAUCCUCAGUGAAAAUUCUGUGAAAUUCAGCUGGGAGAAACACUGGACAGUGAUAAACAGAGGCUUUUUCAGAGACUUCAGAUUGCUUCUUUUGAUUUCUUAGCUAGUGUGAAAUGAGAAGAAUGUGGAGCUCUUGCUUUGCUUUCUUGGCUUCAUUAUUUGCAGCUGUUUCAUAAUGUCAGCAGAUCUGCAUGGCAGCACUGUCACUCUGACUGGUGGUAGUUCACAGGCUCUUUAUUUUUGCACUGAUUCUUUUUCAGGAAUAUGAAUCCCUAAGGAAUGAGAGACUUGUAGGAUAACCUGAAUAAUGACUUAAGUGCUGCGUAAUAAAGUGAAAUUUCUUCUCUGA